CAAAGCAAAAACUGUUUAAAAAUACGAAAGUGUGUGCAGCAAUUUUUGGAUUACUCACUGAAGAAUUUUGUGUUAAUUGCGAUAAAUUAGUUAUUUUUCAACGUUUGAGAAUGAAUAAAUAGCUGAACAGCAAGGUAAUUUGUACUCUACUCAUGGUGUAAUAGGACCAAGGAAAAUAUGGACAAAUCAUUUGUGAAUCAGUUCACUUCCUAUGUGGAGCAGCUACGCACUACGGAAUGCAGCCAAAAAGGAAAAAUAGCUUACUUUCAACAUAUCGCCGAAUGCAUUAUGUCGCCGGCACUAGCUGGCCACAUAAACUAUGCCACGCAUAUAAAUACGGCGACAACCGUGCUGCUGCUAUUUUGUGAAGAUCUUGAUCCCGUGGUCAGAAUGAACGCCGAAGAAAAUCUUAAUCGCAUAUUUCGUGCAUUAGAAAAAACGCGAGUUAGUCGUAUACUAAUGGACUUGUAUGGAGAGAUCAAAAGAAAUGGCAACCAAAGGUCCUUGCGCAUUUGUUUGAAUCUAUUUGCCUAUUAUGCACCGCAGAUACGGGAACGUAACAUUAAAUGGUAUGCUAUUCGUUUGUUACCUUGUUUACAAACGAUAGCGCAACGCAAAGAGACGCAGCUAUGUGAAACCCUAUGCGAAUUUGUAAAGAGCUUUGGAAAGUGCUUGCAAAUGGGACUGACAGAUAGUGAAGCCUGUAAACUUUUUGAGGCUUUCAUGGCAAAUAUGGGCGUCGAGUGUGCCGUGAAGCGACGAUGCUCGGCACAAAAUUGCAUCAGUCUGAUUGAAAACUCGCGCAAUAAGAGCUUAAUGGCCAAUCAUGGACUAAGCAAAGCGUUCGAAUUCCUACUUUCCAAUCAACAACAACACAACGUACUCGGUGUGCUCGGCUUCUUGCGUCUGCUGUUGCCAUUAAUCAUACAUGGAUUCCGCACUGAUUGUCCGGAUGAUUGCGACGAUGGCCACCACAGCCCACAAACACACGUCGGAAUCAAUAAUAAAAGCAAAGCAAACAGCUCCAACAACAACGCCACUCAACAGCGCACGACAUCAUCAACGGCAAUCAACACAGAGUGCAGGCAAAUUAUUGAAAUUUUCGAUUAUUGUUUGCAUUUGUUGAACAUCAGCAGUGCUUCACAACAUUCCAUCAUAAAUGCCGCACUCGAGGUCAUCAAUGCAGUGCUGCAGGCACUCGAUGUGGCAAACAAUACUCACAACAACAACUCGAAUAGCAGCCGAGGAGGCAAAAAUAACAAAAACAAUAACAAUUAUGAUCUUGUAAAAAGUUUGCAAGCAGCAUUGUGCAAUCAACAAUUGCAACAUGCCGAGUAUCUGCGGCGAAGGAAAUCAUUAAAGAAUCAAAUAUUCCAAUUGAAAAAUUAUGAAGUGUCAGACGCAGUACCGUGCGAGGAGAGUGCAGUAGCUGAAGCUGGGGCUGGGGCUGGUGUGCCAAAGGGAAGAGCUGCUGGCAUGUUAGGGGAGAAAUCCGAGCCGAAACGGGGAGGUGCUGGGGAUACUCUCACAACAGUGGCUGACAGCGAAGGUGAAGUUGUACUGAGAAGAGCACCAAACUUUCGAUAUGCCGGUCGUAGCAUCAGCGAAUGUGUUGUUGACGAAGAUGAUGAUGAUGAUGAGACGCAUAGAACCGCAUUGUCAACAGAUUUAGUUGCCGUUGCGCAUACUGAUGCCCACCAUGUCAUUGCCGGCGACAUCUAUGCUGGCAAUGUUGUUGGUGUGCUUGUCGAUGCCGAUGUAGAUGACGAUGAUUUUACAACACUUUCGGAAAUAAAUGAACCACAACAGCUUAGGGCGUCAACAGCAGUUGCAAUGGUGCCGCCAUCCUACGCGCUCACAACAGCAACAAUUGACGUUGAUAAUCUGAUUGAUGCAAUCGACGCGACAACGACAAUGACGGCGAGGACAACGACGGAAACUAUCGCCUGCUCUGCCGCCACCGCUACAAGUACUAACAGCGACGGCAAGCACACUAAUAUUAGCGCUGUGCACACAAAAAUGCAAGGCAUGCAACCACACAAGCAGCAGAAACAACAACAACAACAACAACCUCAAACCGAGCAGCAAUUGCUCGAAAGGCAGGUACGACCGCAAAAUUUGCUUACUGCACCCUCGCAAAUUGAAGCUCGAAGCGCUGAAGGUGGUGGGAGCGGCAGCAGUGGUGAUGACAAAUCACAACAUUUGAGUGACAUCGACAAUGAAUCCUUCAAUAGCAUUGAUUUUGAGGCGGAAAUCACCAUAGCAGGUAUGGCAGGCACCGGCAGCGCGGGAAGCGGGAAUGGAUCGCCAACAGUAGGCAAUGCUGCAGAACGCAUAGGCGCUGAAGCUGCUGCUGCUGUGGUUGACAGCGCCGCAAGUACCAAAUUGAGCAGCAGCGGUGACACAAUUGGCUCGUUCUUUAACAAUUUGAUUUCGAAUGCAGGUGAGCUAUUUUUCGAGACGAAGCAAAGGGCAACCGCAAAAUGCUGCCGCGAGCGUAAGUGGAAAUAGCAACAAACAGGCAGGCUUCUUGUUGACAGUGUUUUUGUA